AUGCGUCGUGAGCCGCGCAUGGACGACAACCUGAGCCUCCUGCAAUCACCCCCGCCGAGCGUCAGCAAAACACGCGGCGACAAUCUGGUGAAUCACGGGUACACCGAGACGGAGGCCAACGUCAUGACUGUGGUGGCGUGCGACAACAUGUUGGAGGAGUCCGCGGCGCUCCCAGGGCACCACUCUCUGGACCGAUACGAACCGGACCACGAGUGCUGCGAGAGGGUGGUCAUCAACAUAUCCGGCUUGCGCUUCGAGACACAGCUCAAGACUCUGGCGCAGUUCCCGGAGACCCUCUUGGGGGACCCCAAGAAGAGGAUGAGGUACUUCGAUCCUCUCAGGAACGAGUACUUCUUCGAUCGGAACCGACCCAGUUUUGAUGCCAUUCUGUAUUACUACCAGUCAGGAGGACGCAUCAGGAGACCCGUCAACGUCCCCAUCGACAUCUUCUCGGAGGAGAUUCGCUUCUACGAGCUGGGCGAGGAGGCCAUGGAGAAGUUCCGGGAGGACGAGGGCUUCAUCAAGGAGGAGGAGCGGCCCCUGCCCGACAACGAGUUCCAGCGGCAGGUGUGGUUGCUUUUCGAGUACCCGGAGAGCUCGGGCCCGGCUCGGGGCAUCGCCAUUGUCUCUGUCCUGGUCAUCCUGAUCUCCAUCGUCAUCUUCUGCUUGGAGACGCUGCCAGAAUUCCGGGACGAGAACCGGGACGCAAUCCCCGUAGCGCCCGCGAUUAACGGCACCUUCCCCUACUUGGUCAGCCCCUUCUCAGACCCUUUCUUCGUGGUGGAGACCUUGUGCAUCAUCUGGUUCUCCUUCGAGCUUUUGGUGCGCUUCUUCGCAUGUCCCAGCAAAGCCACGUUCUCCAAGAACAUCAUGAACAUUAUCGACAUCGUGGCCAUCAUCCCUUACUUCAUCACCCUGGGGACGGAGCUGGCGGAGCGGCAAGGGAACGGCCAGCAGGCCAUGUCCUUGGCCAUCCUGCGCGUCAUCCGCCUGGUGCGCGUCUUCCGCAUUUUCAAACUCUCGCGCCACUCCAAAGGCUUGCAGAUUUUGGGUCAGACCCUCAAGGCCAGCAUGCGAGAACUGGGCCUCCUCAUCUUCUUCCUCUUCAUCGGCGUCAUCCUCUUCUCCAGCGCCGUGUAUUUCGCCGAGGCGGAUGACCCGGACUCGGGAUUCAACAGUAUCCCAGACGCCUUCUGGUGGGCCGUGGUCACCAUGACCACCGUGGGCUACGGGGACAUGCACCCGGUCACAAUCGGGGGCAAGAUCGUGGGCUCUCUGUGCGCCAUUGCCGGCGUGCUGACCAUCGCGCUCCCCGUGCCAGUCAUCGUGUCCAAUUUCAACUAUUUCUACCACAGGGAGACCGAGGGCGAGGAACAGGCCCAGUACCUGCAUGUGGGAAGCUGCCAGCCACUAGCAGAGCCCGAGGAGCUGAGGAAGACGCGCUCCUCUUCAUCGCUCAGCAAGAGCGAGUACAUGGUGAUGGAGGAGCACGCCAUAAACAGCGCCUUCAAGCAGCAGCCCAACUUUCCCACCAGCGCCCAGAACAACUCCCAGAACUGCAUCAACAUCAACAAGAAGAUCUUCACCGACGUGUAG